AGGUACGUGCUAGCUAACAGCUACAGAAAAAAUUGUUCUUUCCUUUCAUUCAAAAAAAUAUAUAUAUAUGAUGUGAUGCGGGACUGAUAUUUUCAAGUCUCAAUAAAGUUUUUUAGAACUACACCAACUUUGCCAUGGCAACCCUCUCAAACACUCCCUUUUCCAUUGAUAGGAAAAUUGUUCAGCUUGUUAAGCCCUCAAAGCCUACCCCUUCCGAAGUUCUUUCUUUAUCCUCCAUUGAUAAUGAUACUAUCCUAGAAAACCUCUGGCAAUCAAUUUAUGUGUACAAGGCAAAUGACAAUGUCUCUGCCGCCCAUAAAGGUCAAGCAGAUCCAGCUAGCAUACUUGCAGAAGCUCUUUCCAAGGUCUUGGUUUAUUAUUUUCCCCUAGCAGGGAAACUAAGGAGGCACAGUGAUGGAAAGCUUAGACUCAAGUGCAAUGCUGAUGAUGGGGUGCCUUUUGUCGUGGCAACUGCUAAUUGCCAGCUCUCAUCCGUGAAUUACCUAGACAAGAUCAACACUGAAAAUGGUAGACAUUUUGUCUGCGAUUUUCCAUCUGAUUCUGAUCAUGGUUAUCACCCUCUAGCUUUGCAGGUGACUAAAUUCUCAUGUGGAGGAUUUACCAUUGGAAUGAGCUUGUCACACUCGGUUUGUGAUGGAUUCGGAGCAGCUCAGUUCUUUCGAGCUCUGGUUGAGCUUGCAAGCGGAGAGAGUGAACCUUCUGUAAAACCAGUUUGGGAGAGGGAGAGGCUGGUAGGGAAUCCUACUCAAGAACCUUUCGAUGUCCCUGUGGAUAAGAAUUCUUUAGCAACCUCGCCGUACUUGCCCACUUCAGACGUUGUCCAUGAAUACUUUGACGUGUCUGCUAAGAGCAUUGCAAAGCUUAAGAUGAGUCUCAUGGAGGAAGCUAAUCAAGGCCAUGAUACAAUAGAAAGAAUGACCACUUUCGAGAUCCUUGGUGCGUAUGUUUGGAGAUCAAGGUUUAGAGCUUUAAAAAUGGAUUCAAAUGGCAACUGCUGCUUGCAUGUAGCUGUCGGGUUAAGAAAUCUUAUGGAGCCGCCAUUGCCUGAAGGAUACUAUGGAAAUGCUUUUAUCUCUGCAAAUGUAGUACUGCCUGCGAGGGAUCUAGAGAAAGGAUCACUGACUAAGGUUGUGAAAUUUAUCAAACAGAACAAAAACCUGGCUUUGAGCAAUGACUACAUCAGGACAUUUCUGGGCGAUAUGGAGAAAUUUCCAGAAUUGAAUGCGAAGAUGAAAACUGGUGCUUCCAUGGAAUUAACGGAUUGGAGACAUUUAGGGUUAUUGGAAGGUAUAGAUUUCGGAUGGAAGCCGGUGAACUUGCUUCCCGUACCAAUAUCAAACGUGCCUUUGUUUAAGGAAUUGUGCAUGUUGAUGCCACCUCCCAAACUGAGUGAUACUGCAAUGAAAAGUGGGGACGUCAGAGUAUUUGUCUCCCUUCCUAGGGCUGCCAUGCCCAAGUUCAAAGAAGAGAUGGAUGCUCUCAUGUAUGGUGUUGAUGCUGCUUCUACUUAACCUGGGUUGUCUUUUUCUUCUUUUUUUUUUCUUUUUUUUUUUCACCGAGUUCAAAGAAGAGAUGGAUGCUCUUAUACAUCGUGUUGAUGCUACUUGUACUGCAUUUUCAGUGUAAAACAUCCUUGCUGCCCUAUGUUUCAAUAAUAAAGAAUAAAUUUUACU